GGUGAGGAGGGCAGAUUCCAGUAACUGAGGGGGUGAGAGGGGGCAAAGUCUGGUGUUUGGGAGGGGAGAUCUUGGAUUGAGGGGUAAGGGGGCAGAUCCCAGUGUGUGAGGGGCAAGAGGGGGCAGCAACUGGUUUUGGGGGGAACAGCUUGCAGCCAAGGAUGGGCUGGAAGUCAGGCUAAGGACCCUCUGGCCUCAGCCCCAGUCAGGCCACCCCAUGGCUGUGGCAGACCUCUUUUCCCUGGAGCAGCAGCUCUCCUGCUCCAUCUGCCUGGAGGUCUUCAGCAACCCUGUCAACCUCCCCUGUGGACACACAUUUUGCCUGGACUGCAUCCAGAAAAACUGGGAUCAGAAUCCCCUUGGCUCAGUCAACUUGUGCCCACAAUGCCGGGCUGCCUUCGCUACCAGGCCCACGCUGCAGAAGAACAUUGUCCUCUGUGGGAUCGUGGACGAGUUCCACAGGAUGGGCCAGGCGGCAGCCAGGCUGACCUUGGCCGAGGACAUCCCAUGCGAUUCUUGCCUCAGUGGGACUAAGGCGGCAAAGUCCUGUUUAGCCUGCUUGUCUACAUUUUGUGAGGUCCACCUCAGGCCACAUUUCGAGGAUGAGGCCCUUCGGGACCAUCAGCUCACCAACCCGGUGAGAGAUUUGGACAAGAGGAAGUGCAAAGUACACUCUAAGCUCCUUGAGUUCUUCUGCAAGACUGAUCAGAUGUGUAUCUGUGGUCUGUGCAUCCUGCAUGCACAUCGGGAUCACAAAGUUAUUACCAUAGAAGAAGAGACCAGUGAGAAAAAGAAUCUUCUUCAGGAAGAAAAAAUAAGACGGCAAAACCAAAUCGAAGAUAUUAGUGUAGCAAUUCUUAAAUUAAAGGACAAUGUCACUUUUAUCAAAGAAACAACGUGUCAGGUGAGAUCUGACAUUGAUAAGCACUUUGGUGAUCUUAUCAACUGCAUUAAAGAGUCGCAAAGCAUUGUAACAAACAUCAUUGAGAGUGAGGAGGCUGUUGCUUUGGCGCAAGCUGACAGCAUCCAGAGCUGGCUGAACCAGAGGUGCACUGGACUAAGGAGGAAGACUGAUGAAAUAAACCAGCUCUUGAAAUCUGAUGGUAUCCAGCUCUUGAAGGAAUUUCAAACUCUGGAAGAGAUGGAGACAGAUCAGGUUUUACCCACGUUGGACACUGAUAUUGAUAAACAGCUCUCCAAUUUAAAGUGCAUAAUUGUUGAGCUGACUAAAGAUAUUACGAAGCAGCUGCAGGAAGCCUGUCGGGAGAAGCUGCCCGCAAGUAAAGAAAAUGGAUCUUGGACUAAUAACCAGUAUCCCAAAUUGCAUCAGUACUCUUCAACACCUGCAACAUCCCAGCAAAAGGUUGAUCUUCAGUCCAUGCCAACUGCUGCUCCCUGCAGCACUCCUCAGCCUCUAAUGUCAUCCUGCCCUCAGGGUGUUUGGCCAAUUCCAAACUCUUCAAUAACUGCGGAUUUCCAAUCCCUGUCAAAUCCUAUUCUGCACGGUGCCCAUCAACAAUCAUUAAUGCCAUCACCAGCCCUUUGGUCAAUGGUCAGUCCCCAGCUAAAUGCACCUUUCCAGCCCUUGCCAAACGAUGCUUAUAGGGUCAUGUCCUGGCCUCCUCCAGCCUUGGCUGCAAACACUCAUGGUCUUAGAGGACUCCCGGCCAAUCAGCAAAGGGGCAUGAUAAUGGGUGGCCGAUAUAACAAUGCUCCAUGCAGGACUCCUCUUGUCCUCCCAUCAGUGCCAGCACCAACUCGAGUUAGAUGCCAGCCAUCUAGUACAUCUGUUAAGGAACAGGAACCUCUCACAGCCACAGUGCUUUCAGGAUUCCCCAUCCAGGAACAGAAGCAACUCCUGGGUGAACGACUUUUCACGUUAAUCCAAGUUUUGCAUCCUUCCCUGGCGGGAAAGAUCACUGGGAUGCUGUUGGAGCUGGAUAACUUGGAACUGCUGCACUACUUGGAGUGCCCGGAUUCUCUCCGCUCAAAGGUCAAUGAAGCUGUGGUGGUUCUACAGAGGCAUCAGGCUCAGAAAGACUUCCUUCAGAAAACAAAUAUGGUUGCAGCUACCUCUAAACAGAAGAAAUAAGAAGGAGCAAGCAGACAGGACUUGCAUCAUCAUUUAUAGUAGCACAAUUUGUAUCAAACAGCUGAUGUGUGAUUAGUUUACAAUAACCUGGGCUAAAGGAUGGAUGGUCACAUUGGUGCUUUGUUGCUGGGACUGAAUUUUGAAACCAACAUGGGCAGAAAUCGGGUAGCUCAGAGGGGCUUUUAGUGAAGUCUGAAGCCAGAUGAUGUUGGCCAGCACUCCACAAAACAAAAGCUGUCCACAGUCUAGAAUUGGUUAGUGCAGAAAUCUUAAUCAUACUGAGAAAAGCUGUAAGGGUGACUGAAAAUGGAAUUUUUGCCCUGAUGCACUAGAGAAUGUUUUCUGAGUCCAGUAUUCAGGGACAUUAAUGAGGCUCAGAGAAGGAUUUUUAACAUCUUCAUUUACAUCUAGAACACUAAAAUAGAAUAGUGUGGGAACUUAUGAAGAAAACUAAAGUCUCUUGCAUUUCUCCAUAUUGGCAAUUAUCUCUCCAAGGAAUGUACCUUUAAGAUGGGACUUUUUAAUAUAUGUGUAUAUUUUUGAAAACUGUAAGAGAUACAAUUUAUUUUAUUUUAAACUGUUGGCUGUGAUUGCAUCACUGUCCAGUACACACAAGCUUAGGAAUUGGUUUAGUGUUAUUUUUUAUGCACAGACCAGACAACAAUCAGUUUAAACCAGUGUAGCCCAUGGUUAUUUCCAGGUGAAAUCACACCCAUUUUGAAACUGUUCUAGGCACUUUCGUCUCCGAUUCAUGUUGAUGCACCAGUCAAUUUUCCAUCAUCAGAAGCACACCUAAUGUUAUUGCUCAUAAAAUGCCCGUUUUCUCCCUCACCAAGUUGGAGCUCCAAGGUGCAACCUGUGAACUUUAUGGACCAGUCUCUGUGCAAUUAGGAGCACAUCAUGUUUUUAACACUAUUUAAAGGAGCAGGUAUUGGGGAAACCUGACUGGGUAGCUUCAAAAGUCACCAAUGACUGCUCAGUCACCACCCAUAGUCCACGGAGUUUACAGGGAGCGCUCACUCCAGCAUUUAGUCACUGAGGCACUCAUUCCAUGGGUCUUUCUGUCCUGACACCACUGGUAGCACAGCUAGCAACUUUUCCAGAAGAAAAGUUCGUGGUGGUGUCUCAGAGAGGGUGUGAAGGUUUGUAUCUGAUCUGUCCAUGGAGUAGUCUGCUGAGUGUUUCCAACAUUUUCCAUUUUUUAAUAAUGCCUUCCUCUUUUUUACUUUUGAUCCCACAACUUACUUUUAUUUCUCUUGUUGAAUGUCGCUGUGUGAUAAGUGGAAAUGAAGGGUUAGUUCACUGUACCUCAAAAUGGAAUUUUGAGUAAUCUUCAGCUAUUAUGGGACCCAUGGAAUAAUAAUGCUAUUCCUUUUCUAUUCCUUUUCUAUCCCUAGGUGCUGUACUUGUUAAAAAAUAACAUUACCUGCACAGGUUCUGAACUGCUUUAUCAGUUUGGUAUUGUCUGUUCAUUACUUCAUGGUUCUGAAUCUGUUAGCUAAUGUUAAUUAGAAACAUAAAUGAACAUCUUUUAACUUUGCUACCUCAGCCACAACAUUAUAACGUCAUGAUAUCUUAACUAUUAGUUUUGGCUAAGGUAACAUUUUGAGGAUAUCAGCAUUUUCUGGAUCACUGCCAGUUCAAUUCUCAGCAGCACUGAUGUGGGGUGAAGGUAGGAGCUGUAAGGAUCCUUCAUUUUCUGAUCUCCAUUUUUUUUACACAAACUUGCCCCUAAUUCAUUUUUUUUACACAAACUUGCCCCUAAUUCAUUUAGGGAUUUUCCUGUGUCAGGCACCUUAUCUACCUUAUCUUGUUGCACAUCUACAAAUGCUUUUUGCUUGAAUAUCUACAUGGCCUAAAAACUCCAUGGAGCUGUCAUGUAGGUGUCAGUUUCAUGAGUUCCAGAUAAGCUGGCUCAAUCAUGCCAUUGAUUAUUCUGGGUGACCAGGAUGUGCAAAUCAAUUAUUGACUUGACAUUUUACAGUUUUGAAUAAUAAGCCAUCUUUUAUUGUCUUUACAAAAGCUUUACAAAAAUUGAAUAGUUCAUCUUUAAAAUAAAAAGUUUGAUACACAUGUAUACCAUUACUAUGUCUCUUGUUUUAAUGGAUGGGUUAUUCUCCUAAAACUAAUCAGACCAAAUCUUUCUGGUAAAGGGAAGCUUCAGUAGCCAUAAUGAACCAUAAAAGUUUGUGGUAGUGGUGUGGACAUACAAAGGACCAUUACAAAAGACAGGGGAGAUAGUACAGCAAACUUUGUUCAUUUAAAUGUAAGUUAUCUAUUGUGGGGUGUUUACAUGAAUUGUCAUUUAAUUUGAAAUUAAAUCUGCAUUUUAAAAUUUCAAGCUGUUUUUUAUUACACUUCACUACUCCCUCGCCUAUCGCCAGCUAUUCUGAGGAUUUUGUCAUUGUUGUAAAACUGGUUAAUAUCCUUCUACUUGGAGAAGUUGAAAUGAGCCACCUUCUUGCACAAAAAUAAAGUGAGCUGCUGG